AGCGAGUUGUAUUAAUUACGAGAUAAUUGUGCGAGAAAAAUAAGAAAGCAAAGUGAUAUAAUAGUGAAUAACGGAAAAAUCAGCGUUAACGUUGUGCAAAACCAAACGUGAAAGGACUGCUGUUUUGGAUCUUAAUCGCAACGUCGUCUGUCUCUUGCUCGUUUACGUUUAACGUUCACUUUUUCUUUCCGUUUCCCUCUCUUUGCAAUACCUUUUUGUUUUUGUAUCUUUUUCUAUUUUCGCGUGACCGCCAUAGGAGUAAUCAAGUAAUUGCGAUGUGUGAUAAUACUAACACGACGACGCAGAGUAUAGCGGACUACCUGUCACAGUUACUAAAAGAUCGAAAGCAGUUAGCUGCUUUCCCUAAUGUCUUCAUACAUGUAGAGCGCCUACUAGACGAAGAAAUCGCAAAAGUGCGGGCGAGUCUUUUCCAGAUCAGUGGUGUCAAAAAAGAGCCACUGGUUCUGCCAGAACCAGAGGGUGACAUCGCAACGCUUACGGAAAAAGUUUAUGUACCUGUUAAAGAACAUCCAGAUUUUAAUUUUGUUGGAAGAAUUCUAGGACCACGUGGUAUGACAGCCAAACAAUUGGAGCAAGAAACAGGAUGUAAAAUUAUGGUUAGGGGAAAAGGCUCUAUGAGGGAUAAGAAAAAGGAAGAGCUAAACCGAGGUAAACCAAACUGGGAACAUCUGACAGAUGAACUGCAUGUUUUAUUGACAGUCGAAGAUACUGAAAACCGUGCCACUUUGAAACUUGCCAGAGCUGUAGAAGAAGUCAAGAAGCUUCUUGUUCCCGUGGCUGAUGGUGAGGAUGAGCUAAAGAAACGACAAUUAAUGGAACUUGCUAUUAUCAAUGGUACAUAUCGGGAUUCUAAUACAAAAGUUGCUGCAGCUACAGCUUGCGACGAAGAGUGGAGACGCGUUGCAGCAGCCGCAGCGGAAACGCAACGGCUUCUUCCAGGCUUGGCCACACCUAUGAGGACACCCAGUGCUCCGUUGGGAGCACCGUUAAUACUCUCGCCACGGAUAUCUGUUCCAACGACCGCGGCGUCUCUUCUGAACGGUUCGGGACCACCAGGAUCUCUCCUUUCUGCCGGUGAUCCCCAUGGGUUAAUUUACACGCCAUAUGCCGAUUACGCCAACUACGCAGCCUUGGCAGCCUCGCCUCUCCUCACGGAUUACACCACUGCUGAUCAUUCUGGUGCAGCAGCCGCUGCAAAACAACGUAGGCACUUGGGUCAGAUUCGCGAGCACCCUUAUCAAAGGGCUGGUGCUUUGUCGUGAAUCCGGAGAGCGCAAUCGCAAUACUGUACGCGCCUCCGCGAAAAGGCUUGGAGUGCUAACAAUGGAAUCCACUCGCCCCGUGCUAACACCUGGACUCUGGAACAACAUCCGCGUUCGAUCGGUUCACCAACCAGAUGACCACCUUCGCCGUUCGCAUCACCAGCCCUGUUGUUCGUCAAGUUUAUCCAUCCUGUACCCUCUUCGUGUCUUUAAAUUGUAUAGCCUCGUUUAAAUUGCUUUGCUCGUUUCGCUAGCGUUCAUUUUUACUGACGUUCCGAACGUCAGACAGGUAAUCAAGCCUCUGAUUGUGAGUUACUUACCGACGAGAAGGGAUCAAUUCUCUACCUUCAGAAAUAAUCGUAGAUGACGCCAGAAUAUGCGAAAAAAUAUCACCCGAUUUGGUAGGAACACGGUUAUGUGCGUCUUAGUUUUCAACGCGAACGAAUGACAACUUUGAAACGUUUAUUUUCCGUUUUAUUCCGAAACAACAGUCACAGUUAUACUUCUUAAUUUUAUUGCGUAGUGAUUUAAACGAAUGACCCACUACAAAAUUAACACAAUGCAAGUAUAAUUUAUUAUUCAUUUUCUUCUUUCUUAAAUGUAGUUAUUUCUCUUUUCUCUAAGUGCAUAGUUACUCGGUUACUAUUUUUUAAUACAUUAUGUGUGAAAAUUAUCGAUUUCUUAUCAGUCUGUUUAAAUUUCGAAUACUC